ACACUGGUCGACUAUUGCAUUUGCCUUUUUUCUUUGUUGCAGCCAUCAUGGGCUUAUCUGGAGUAUGAUUCAACGCUCCCAGCGGUUGUGCAGCCUCAGCUAAAUUACCAGGCACCCGAAUGCAUAUUAGCGAGUACCAAUGGACCGUUCAGCGAUAUCUUUGCCCUGGGCAUGCUCAUAUAUACGAUACAUUCCUCGGAGCACCAACCGCUACUGGACUCUCAUAAUGAUUUAGGAAAAUGCCGACGCUUCUUGGAAAAUUUCAAAGGAUCUAAUGUCUCGGCAAAGCUCCUGCCAGUCCCCGAGACUCUGCGAGAUACCGUAAAGCUCAUGCUGAGUCAUAGUCCCGAAUUGCGAUUGGAUGCUCAUCAAUUUAUCAAGAUCGAAUAUUUCACGGAUAUUGGCGUCAAGACGUUGAAUUACUUGGACAAGAUAUUCCAAUGGGAUAAUCUUCAAAAGUCGCAAUUUUACAAAGGUCUUCCGCAGCUAUUGAAACAGUUACCACAUAGAGUUGUGCUGCACAGAGUAUUGCCUGCUCUCUACAAGGAGCUAGUUAAUCCACCCAUGAUACCGUUUGUAUUGCCGAGCAUACUGCAGGUAAUGGAGGUUACCGAGAUAGAGGAAUUCCGAGAACAUAUCCUACCUAAUUUAAAACCUGUUCUUGCUCUGGAAGACCCGCCACAAAUCAGCCUAGUUCUCAUGCAGCAAGUAAAUUUAUUAUUGAAAUUAUGCCCCACGGACGUCAUUAAGACCGACAUAGUGCCUAUGCUACUGCGUGCAUUGGAAUCCGAAUGGGAACAGCUACAGGAGCUCUGCUUGUCGGCUCUACCGAACAUAGUGACGAUGAUCGAGGGACCAGUCAUAAAAAACGCCAUACUCCCGCGGAUGAAAAAGAUAUGCUUGUCGCCGGGAAAGAAACCUACUAGUCUUGGGGUACGCGUCAAUUGCUUGCUGUGUCUCGCGAAAAUGCUGCCGAGUUUCGAUCGCUGGCUGGUGUUCGAUCAGAUAUUACCGUUCCUUCAGGAAGUACCUCAUUCUGGCGAACCAGCAAUUUUAAUGGCUAUUAUAGGUAUUUACAGAAUGUUGCUUACUCACAGUAAGCUGGGUAUGGGCAAAGAAAUAUUAGCGACGAAAGUAUUGCCUUUUCUGUUACCUCUCUGCAUGGAACAGAAUCUUAGCACGUCGCAAUACGAAACACUUUCCACGCUAGUCGUCGAUAUGAUAAGCCGAGUAACCAGCGAGCAUCGAGAGGCAUUACGACAAUUGGAUGCGGUGCGUCGUGAGACGCAACAACUCGAUCAGGCGCUUUCUCAAGUGACGUCGCCCACUUUUAUGCAAAACAACAGUCUAAGCGACAUUAAUCUAACUCCUCAAGUUCUAUCCCCGAACGCUAAUACUAAGACAGUGAAUAUUGAAAAUGGAUUAACUAUCGAAGACAAGUACAGAUUAAUUCAACAGCAAGAAACACAUCAAAGA